AGAACAAGAGGAAAGUAUGGGGAAGGAGCCAAGCAGGAGACGUUCACUUUUGCCUUAACUUUGGUCUUCAUCCAAUGUGUGAUCAACGCCGUGUUUGCCAAAAUCUUGAUCCAGUUUUUUGACACUGCCAGGGUGGAUCGAACUCGGAGUUGGCUCUAUGCUGCCUGUUCUAUCUCCUAUCUGGGGGCCAUGGUCUCCAGCAACUCGGCACUGCAGUUUGUCAACUACCCAACUCAGGUCCUUGGUAAAUCCUGCAAACCAAUUCCAGGUAAGGAGAAGAAGAUGGUCUCCCAUCUUCCAUCCUCACUUCCUAUCAUAAACCCUCCCCUUCUCUGCUGGAGCUCUGAGUCCCUCCAGGCCUCAUCAUCCCAUUAUAGCUACCUCCAGGACUCCCUCCAUUCCGAGUCCUGUGUCCUGGGUCAGGGAGCAGUCCUAUUGGCCACCUCACCGCAGGGUACAACCUUUCUUUUCCAGUUAUUAUCUUUGACCCUGGAUGGACUCACAGGUGUUUCCCAGGACCACAUGCGGGCUCAUUACCAAACAGGCUCCAACCACAUGAUGUUGAACAUUAACCUUUGGUCGACAUUGCUGCUGGGAGCUGCGAUCCUGUUCACUGGCGAGCUCUGGCAGUUCCUGAGCUUUGCUGAAAGGUACCCUGCCAUCAUCUAUAACAUCCUGCUGUUUGGCCUGACCAGUGCCCUGGGCCAGAGCUUCAUCUUCAUGACUGUUGUGUAUUUUGGUCCCUUGACCUGCUCUAUCAUCACUACAACUCGGAAGUUCUUCACCAUUUUGGCCUCUGUGAUCCUCUUUGCCAACCCCAUCAGCUCCAUGCAGUGGGUGGGCACUGUGCUUGUGUUCUUGGGUCUCGGUCUCGAUGCCAAGUUUGGGAAAGGAGCCAAGAAGACGUCCCACUAGGAAGAGAGACUACCUCCACCGCAGGAAUAUUUAAGUUAUUAUUUCAAAUAUUGAUAUCUCUUAGGAAAAUGGACACAAUAGGGAUAAACGACUGGGUUUGUCUGUUU